AUGGGGCGAGGGGCCGCCCCUUGGCCGGUCCUGCCGCUGUCCCUGCUGCUGCUGCUGCUGCUGCUGCGGGAGGCGGCGGGCCGCUGCUUGCACGAGGAGGCGCAGGGCUCGGUGCGGCUGCUGCGGGGGACCCCGGCCCCGCGGGACCCCCGGCCCGCCCCCCGAGCCGCCCCCCGCCCCCGCCCGCUCCGCAUCCGGGCCUGGUACCCGGGCCGGCCGGCCGCGACCCCCGGGGCCCGGGCGGCGGUGGACGAGGCGCUGGAGCGGGUCCGGCCGGUCCUGGCAGUCCCGCCCCUGCAGAGCCCCUUGCUGCUGAGCCGCGAUCCGGACCGCUACUGCCUGGCCGUUUGGGGAGACGCCGCCGGACCCAACGGUGGAAGGUGCAGCCGCCUGGACCCAGACUACCGGGGGGAGAGCUGCCUGGGGGUCAAGAUUCCUGACUCCCACCUGCAGGGCUUGGCCUUGUGGCCCGAGUUUGGCCCCCCAGAGCUGCUCCUACCAGAUGGGCCUGGGAUCCCGGACGCUGACUUUCUCCUCUAUGUGCGGGUGGACCAGACCCCCAAAUGCCAUCAGUGGCCCUCUGUCAUCGCCUAUGCCGCCUGCUGCCAGCUGGACCCCACUGACCGACCCCUCGCUGGCACCAUUGUUUUCUGUGCCCGUCGCCUCACCGCUCCCGACUACAGUCACAGCGACACGGUCACGGUCACCGUGCACGAGCUGCUCCACACGCUGGGCUUCUCUGGGCAACUGUUUGGCAAGUGGCGAGACUGUGCCCCGGCCUUGGGCACCGAACAGGACUGUUCGCCCUGGCGGCGGGUGACCCAGCAGGACGAGCGGGGACAGCUGCACCUGAUCACGCCAGCCGUGAGGCUCAGCUUGGCCCGGCACCUGGGCAGCCCGGUUGUCUCCCUGGGAGCUCCCCUGGAGGAGGAGGGUCCAUCCUCCUCCCACUGGGAGGCCCGGCUGCUCCAGGGGUCGGUGAUGACGGCCGCCUUCGCUCGCUCCCGUCACACGCGGCUUGACCCGGUCACCCUUGCAGCCUUCGUGGACAUGGGCUGGUAUCAGGUCAACCUCAGCGUGGCGCAGGAGCUGGAGUGGGGCCAAGGCGCCGGCCUUGAUUUCGGCCUGGUGACCAGCUGCGGGACCGACUCCUCUGACUUCUUCUGUAAUGGCAGCGGCCUGGGCUGCCACUACCUGCACCUGGAUAAGGGCCGCUGCUCCUCGGACCCUCUGCUGAACGGGUGCCGCAUGUACAAGCCUCUAACCAAUGGGAGCGAGUGUUGGAAGGAGGGGAAUGCCCCCGAGACCGGGGCCGCAAACCCCCACGGGGAGAUCUAUCAUCCCGGCAGCCGCUGCUUUCUGGCCAACCUCACCUCUGAUCCGCUUCCUGCGACCCCCGGCCGGGCCCCCCCGACCCAAGAGGGCCUCUCUGGCCGCUGCUACUUACAUCGCUGCGGGAUGGGCGGGGUGUCCCAAGUGCAGGUGGAAGGGGCGCCUUGGCUCUCAUGCCCUCUGCGGGCAGUCAUUCAGGUGGGUUCAGACAAGCCGAGGGUGGGUGUGGGCAGCCACGGGCCCCCAGAUGGGUCCGGCCGGCCCCUGCCACCCACCCCCCAACCUCCACGAUCCCUGCAGGUACCCGGAUAUGAUGGCCUCCUCUUCUGUCCCCGAAGCAAACUGUGCCGGGCUGCUCUGGGCCCCGAGGCCACCCCGCCGCCAUCUGGAAGUCCUUCGCCCCCCGGCCUGCUGCUCCAGCUGACCCUGGGGCUGGUGGGGCCUCCUGGUCACGCUCUGAGCAAGGGGCAAGAGCAGGAGCUGGCCCAGGCUGUGCUGCGGGACCUGCUGGGCAGAGCAGGCACCGGCAGGUGUCACUUUGGCAGCCCAGCGCUGACCCCCGGCCUGGUCUUCACCGUGCACGUGCGGGAGUCGCCCAACUGCCGCCUCCCGCCGGCCCGGGUGCUGCAUGGGGCCCUGAGCCGCUCCCUCCGGGACAGAGCCCUGAGCGUGGACUCCGCCGGGGCCAGCUACACCACCGACCGGUCCAGGUGGGAGUGAAUGAUGCUUGCCCAUCUAUGC